UUACUCGAAAUUCUCGAACUAAUUGUAGUCGGUAUAAUGGAUGGCCUUUAUGAAGAUGAAAGCGACGACGAAAACCUCAUACGAGUAGUUACAUCUCUUCUGUCUUUCAUUGGUAUGGAUACGGCUUCCAGUGGUGACGUGCAGUCCCCAGGGUCAGACCCCGAAAAAACCUGCACUACGAUUCCGGACGACGCUCCACUAGAAGACCCAACCGGAAAAGACGACGAAAACGAAGAGCAUUUUGAGGUGUUGCACAGUCAAUUGCCGAGUGGCGAUGCGCUGUCUCUCGCAGAGUCUGAGCCUGCAGCUCAGAUCCCCGAGACAGCACCACUCGGCUACACGGUCCAAGAAGACGACGGUUCAUCAGUAGAUCAAGUCGAAUCCAUUGUAUCAGCUUGCAGUUAUUCGCAGUCGGGUGGCGACGCUCCGCCCUCUGAGUUGGGGACUGUCGACCGAGCUCCGACUUCCGAGGGCGGAUAUCUCGACAACGUAGUGAUGCCUGCAGCUGCAGAAGACGUAUUAUGUGCAGACAUUGAGCAGCCGGCCAAGGAAUUAGCUGUGAUGGAUAGUAUCGGUGAGCUGAUUGGCGAGGUGGACCCUGCAGUAGAACGCGAAAAACGCGUUUUUCCACGUAGAAGAUCGACGUGGAAAAGGGUAAAGCGCGUUUUUCGCGUGUUGUUCUGCUGCAGGUGUGAAACCGUCCGGAGCUGA